CCCUCACCUUGGCUAUGCUAUUUUUUCUCAUAAGCAAACAAAUGGGAAAGCAAUCCAACUCUUUGUUCGUUGCCGUGAUGAAACUUGUCUUCAGACUUCUAAUAGAUUACCUAGGCGGCAAUGCUGUCAGCUACUUUCUGAAGAUCUGAGGGACUUUCUGACAUUCCUUUUUGCUGAUCUGACUCUAACUUACAGUAAGAUAAACAUCAAGUAGCAGUCUGGUGCCGCAGUCAGAGUUUGGUGGGUUUGAUUCUUUCCCAAAUGCAGGAAGACGGCAGCAGCCAAGCUGAGCUGGAGUUGCUGCAUGGCGAGCGACGGCCAUGAAUAACAAGGUUUUCCUCCUCAAUGCGUCAAGGAGACUCAAAGAUGACUUCAUGCAGAACGGACGAGAAAUGUUCCACCGGACGGUGGGAAGAUGUUUGUCUAGCCUUUUCAGAGGGGCACAAUAUGCCAGCAACAGAAAGACCACUCUUUCCAGUGACACUCCCGCGCUCUGGUCUGACAGCCGUACCAGCCUCCACCAGCUCCCUUCACCAGAGGCCGUUCAGGCUCCGGCCAGCACUGGCAAGCCUAUCGGCUCCUCUUGUGGGCUCCUUGGGGCGAGUAGUAGUAGUCAGGGCCCAGGUGGGUCUGGUUCUGGUGUCAGCCCAGUUCUUGCAUGGCAUGCUGCCAUUACUGCUGCUCGACAAGCGCAAGAUGAUGUCGAAACGCCUGAAAAGGACUCGUGUCCUGCGGCUUGCGCUUCUGGACCGGCUCCUGUUGGCUCACUCGCACAGAGGAAGAGACAGCAGUACGCCAAAAGCAAAAAGCAAGGAGGAUCCACCAACAGCCGGCCACCCAGAGCGCUGUUCUGCCUCACCCUCAAUAACCCGAUCCGAAGGGCCUGCAUCAGCCUGGUGGAAUGGAAACCAUUUGAUAUAUUUAUACUUCUAUCUAUUUUCGCCAACUGCGUGGCCUUAGCCAUCUACAUUCCCUUUCCUGGAGAUGACUCCAACUCCACAAACCAAGAACUGGAAACAGUAGAAUAUGCCUUCCUGAUCAUUUUUACAAUAGAAACAUUUCUGAAGAUUAUUGCCUAUGGCUUAGUCAUGCACCAAAACUCCUACGUCAGAAACGGAUGGAACAUGUUGGACUUUGUCAUCGUCAUUGUGGGGUUGUUCAGUGUUGUCCUGGAAAUGAUAACCAAAGACGCUGACUCUGGUGGGCAGACUGGAGGCAAACCAGGGGGCUUUGACGUGAAGGCCCUCAGAGCCUUUCGCGUGCUUCGACCUCUUCGCCUUGUUUCUGGAGUUCCCAGUCUACAGGUGGUUUUAAACUCCAUAAUUAAAGCCAUGGUUCCCCUCCUUCACAUUGCUCUGCUGGUCCUCUUUGUAAUCAUCAUCUACGCCAUCAUCGGCCUGGAGCUCUUCAUCGGAAAGAUGCACGCCACAUGCUUCGUCAUAAAAUCAGGAGCUCUGGCAGAGGAGGAGCCCGCGCCGUGCGCUGUCUCAGGGCACGGCCGCCGCUGCCUGGUCAACGGCACCAUUUGCAGAGAGGGCUGGCAAGGCCCCAACAACGGCAUCACCAACUUUGACAACUUCCUGUUUGCCAUGCUCACCGUUUUCCAGUGUAUCACCAUGGAAGGCUGGACCGACGUUCUCUACUGGAUGAAUGAUGCGAUGGGCUUUGAGCUGCCGUGGGUCUACUUUGUCAGUCUGGUCAUCUUUGGAUCGUUCUUUGUUCUGAACCUGGUCCUGGGAGUGUUGAGUGGAGAGUUUUCCAAAGAGCGUGAAAAGGCCAAAGCUCGCGGCGACUUCCAGAAGCUGCGCGAGAAGCAGCAGCUGGAGGAGGACCUUAAAGGCUACCUGGACUGGAUCACACAAGCCGAGGACAUCGACCCCGAGAACGAGGAGGAGGGGGACGAGGAGGGCAAGCGCAAUCGGGUCACGCUGGCUGACCUCACUGAGAAGAAGAAAGGAAAGUUUGGCUGGUUCUCUCAGUCCACAGAGACACAGGCCAGCAUGCCCACGAGUGAGACAGAGUCGGCGACCACAGACAACCACAAUGGAGAAGAGGACAAAUUUUUGUGCUGUGGACCGCUGUGUCAGAAAAUAACUAAAUCAAAGUGCAGUCGGCAGUGGCGACGGUGGAACCGCUUCUGCCGCAGGAAGUGCAGGGCGGCCGUGAAAUCCGUGACGUUUUAUUGGCUCGUCAUCAUCCUGGUGUUCCUCAACACCCUCACCAUCGCGUCAGAGCACUACAACCAGCCCGAAUGGCUAACAGAAGUACAAGAAGUGGCCAAUAAGGUUCUUUUGGCUUUGUUCACUCUGGAGAUGCUUGUGAAGAUGUACAGUUUGGGGCUCCAGGCCUACUUCGUGUCGCUGUUCAACCGCUUUGAUUGUUUUGUGGUGUGUGGAGGAAUCGUGGAGACCAUCCUGGUGGAGCUGGCCAUCAUGUCUCCACUGGGGAUCUCGGUUUUGCGCUGCGUACGGCUCCUCAGGAUCUUCAAAGUUACGCGUCACUGGGCGUCUCUGAGUAACCUGGUGGCCUCUCUGCUCAACUCCAUGAAGUCCAUCGCCUCCCUGCUGCUGCUGCUCUUCCUCUUCAUCAUUAUUUUCUCCCUGCUGGGCAUGCAACUCUUCGGGGGAAAAUUCAACUUUGAUGAGACGGUGACCAAAAGAAGCACAUUUGAUAAUUUUCCCCAGGCCCUCCUCACCGUGUUUCAGAUCCUGACAGGCGAGGACUGGAACACCGUGAUGUAUGACGGCAUCAUGGCGUACGGUGGUCCGGCGUCCUCUGGCAUGGUGGUCUGCAUUUACUUCAUCAUCCUCUUCAUCUGUGGAAACUACAUCCUGCUGAAUGUGUUCUUGGCCAUCGCUGUUGAUAACCUGGCUGACGCGGAGAGCCUCAACACGGCACAGAAAGAGGAAGAAGAGGCCAAAAAGAGAAAGAAUAGUGCUAAGGACUCAAACACAGAGAAGAAGAGGAUUGAAAUAACAGAAGACGGAAAAACAACGAUGCCAACGGAGGCCUUGCUAGAGGGGGACAAAGAAUCGUACACCACCGUCGACUCACCAGGUGAUGAAGAUGAUGAUCAUGGGAACCUCCCUGAAGCCCCGCCGGGCCCCCGGAUCCAGCGACUCUCUGAACUCACCAUGAAGGAGAAGACGCCACCCAUCCCGGAGGGCAGUGCGUUUUUCAUCUUCAGCAGCACCAACUCGUUUCGUGUGCUCUGCCAUAAGCUCAUCAACCAUCAGAUCUUCACCAACCUGAUCCUGGUCUUCAUCAUGCUCAGCUCCGUUUCCCUGGCGGCCGAGGACCCCAUCCGCAACUUCUCCGCUCGCAACAUUAUACUUGGUUAUUUUGACUAUGCUUUCACCGCAAUCUUUACUGUUGAGAUCCUGUUGAAGAUCCUAGGCUAUGCAGACUAUGUCUUCACUAGUAUGUUUACAUUUGAGAUCAUUAUUAAGAUGACGGCAUUUGGAGCGUUCCUGCAUAAAGGAGCAUUCUGCAGGAACUAUUUCAACCUAUUAGACCUGCUGGUCGUCGGCGUGUCUCUCGUCUCCUUUGGCAUUCAGUCUUCUGCGAUCUCAGUGGUGAAGAUCCUCCGUGUUUUGCGGGUCCUCCGUCCGCUCAGGGCCAUCAACAGAGCCAAAGGACUGAAACACGUGGUGCAGUGUGUAUUUGUGGCCAUCAGAACCAUCGGCAACAUCAUGAUUGUCACCACCCUCCUGCAGUUCAUGUUUGCUUGCAUCGGAGUGCAGCUCUUCAAGGGUAAAUUCUACCGGUGCACAGAUGAUGCAAAGUCCAGCCCAGAUGAGUGCAAGGGGACAUACAUUCUUUACAACAAGGACACGGCUCUGCCCAUGGUGAGGGAGAGGAUCUGGUACAACAGCGACUUCAACUUUGACAACGUCCUCAUGGCCAUGAUGGCCCUGUUCACUGUCUCCACCUUUGAGGGUUGGCCCACUCUGCUGUACAAGGCCAUCGACUCCAACAGGGAGAACUUGGGCCCCAUCUACAACUACCGCAUCGAGAUCUCCAUCUUCUUCAUCAUCUACAUCAUCAUCAUCGCCUUCUUCAUGAUGAACAUCUUCGUUGGUUUCGUCAUCGUUACCUUCCAGGAACAGGGAGAGAAGGAGUACAAGAACUGACUGGACAAGAACCAGCGCCAGUGUGUGGAGUACGCACUGAAAGCUCGUCCUCUGCGCCGCUACAUUCCCAAAAAUCCCUACCAGUACAAGUUCUGGUAUGUGGUCAACUCCACUGGCUUUGAGUACGUCAUGUUUGUCCUGAUCAUUCUCAACACGCUGUGUCUGGCUAUUCAGCACCAUGGCCAGUCUCUUCUGUUUAACUACGCCAUGGACAUCCUCAACAUGGUCUUCACAGGAGUCUUCACAGUGGAGAUGAUCCUAAAGCUCAUUGCCUUCAAACCCAGAGGCUAUGUCGGGGACGCCUGGAAUGUCUUCGAUGCUCUAGUGGUGAUCGGCAGUGUAGUCGACAUCAUACUCAGCCAGAACUAUUUUGCUGAUGCAUGGAACACGUUUGAUGCCUUAAUUGUUGUGGGUAGCGUGGUUGACAUUGCCAUCACUGAGAUCAAUUCGGCAGCCAUUCCUGUUGUGAAGGUGAUAGAGGAUCCAGGGAACACAGAGGACAGCGCUCGCAUCUCCAUCACCUUCUUCCGCCUGUUCAGGGUGAUGCGACUGGUCAAACUCCUGAGCAGAGGGGAAGGAAUCAGGACUCUGCUGUGGACCUUCAUCAAGUCUUUCCAGGCUCUUCCAUAUGUUGCCCUCCUGAUAGCCAUGCUGUUCUUCAUCUAUGCUGUCAUCGGGAUGCAGGUGUUUGGAAAAAUAGCAAUGGUGGACGGAACCCAAAUCAACCGCAACAACAACUUUCAAACCUUUCCCCAAGCCGUCCUCAUGCUGUUCAGAUGUGCAACAGGGGAGGCGUGGCAGGAGAUCAUGCUGGCCUGUCUGCCGGGGAAGCUGUGCGACUCAGAGUCCGACUACAACCCGGGAGAGGAGAGAACCUGCGGCAGCAACUUUGCUAUAAUCUACUUCAUCAGUUUCUACAUGCUCUGCGCCUUUCUGAUUAUCAACCUCUUUGUUGCGGUCAUUAUGGAUAACUUUGAUUAUCUGACUCGUGAUUGGUCCAUUCUUGGCCCUCACCAUCUGGAUGAAUUUAAAAGGAUAUGGUCUGAAUAUGAUCCUGAAGCCAAGGGUAGGAUUAAACAUCUUGACGUGGUCACCUUGUUGAGGAGGAUCCAGCCUCCGUUGGGCUUUGGCAAGCUCUGUCCUCACAGAGUCGCCUGUAAGCGUCUGGUGGCAAUGAACAUGCCGCUCAACAGUGACGGGACCGUCAUGUUUAACGCCACCUUGUUUGCUUUAGUCCGCACCGCCCUUAAGAUAAAGACUGAGGGUAACUUGGAGCAAGCCAACGAGGAGCUGAGAGCCGUAAUCAAGAAGAUCUGGAAGAGGACCAGCAUGAAGCUGCUGGAUCAAGUAGUGCCUCCUGCAGGCGAUGACGAGGUAACAGUGGGGAAGUUCUAUGCCACCUUCCUGAUACAGGACUACUUCAGAAAAUUCAAGAGGCGCAAAGAGCAAGGUCUGGUGGGAAGGAGGUCUUGGGAGAACACCACUCUGGCUUUGCAGGCCGGCUUGCGCACCCUGCAUGACAUUGGACCAGAAAUUCGCCGAGCCAUAUCAUGUGACCUACAGGAGGAAGGGCUUGUAGAAGCAACGGGAGAGGAAGAAGAGGAGAUUUAUCGUCGCAACGGCGGCCUUUUUGGGAAUCAUGUUAACCACGUUGGCAUGGAUCAUCCCCAGCCCACUACCGUCACGCAGCGCCCCCUACAGAUCAUCUACUGCACUCCCACUCAGAUUUGCAGGAGAGCCAGCAGCAGCGACAAGGAAGGAGAGACGGAGAUGAACUCCUCACCCAUCCACUACAACCAUCAUCAUUCCCCUCACCUGUACGAUUACCCUCACUGUAACUCCACCUCCGCUCAGUCCCCAAUACCCUCCAACGCCAACCUCAACAACGCCAACGUGCCCUCGCUUCUCUCGAUGUCCUCUGGGAGGCAGCAGAAGUGUUUAUUGCAGCGAUGUCGCCCGUCUUCAGCAAGAAAUAAGUCAUCAACGUCUUACAGCAGGGGCUUGCAUGACAAGCAGUGGAAGUCCCACUCCACAAGGACGCGUUACUAUGAGGCCUAUAUUAGGUCAAAAAAUGGCGGAGCGCUUCACCCGACCAUUCGCCGAGAGGAGCCAGGCGGCAGGGACAGCGAUGAAGAGCGGGCGUCUGGGGAAUACUUCAGUGGGGAGGAAUUUUACGAAGACGACAUCAUGCUCACCAAGGACAGGUUGUCCAGGUCGGACUUCCAUGACGCUGCAGACGGAGAUUUGGACCCUUUCAGGGACGACUGUGAGUCUGAAGGUUACUGUGACGACGACAAGCAGCCUAUAUGCCAGGAUGACCGGCGGUCGCCUCGGAGAUGGUUUUUACCAUCCCCCCAAGCCUGCAACACACCAACAUUCAGCUUUGAGUGUCUUCGCAGAAGAAGUAGCAUAGAUGAAGCUCCUCCAUCUCCAUCAUGCACUCUUCCACUGCACCUGAUGCAGCAGCAGGUGAUGGCAGUAGCCGGUCUGGACGCCACCAGGAUCCCACAUCUGUCUCCCACCAGGUCGCUACGCUCGUGGGCCACGCCUCCCGCCUCCCCCAUCAGCCGUGACUGCGGCCCUUGCUACACGCCACUCAUACAGGUGGACUGGCGCAGUACUGGCAGUGUGGGCAGCAUCCCUGGGGCCAUGAAGAGAAGUUCUUGGUACACCGACUGCCAGGACAGCCUGCCCAGCCGCAGCCAAACACCGUCACGUCUGCAGCUACCCGCAGAAAGCUGCUCACACUUCCUGCAAAACAGAGGCAGCGCUAGCAGUCUGGUGGAGGCUGUCCUGAUCUCUGAAGGUCUCGGGAAAUACGCCAGGGACCCCAAGUUUGUGACAGCGGCCAAACACGAGAUCGCAGACGCCUGCGAGAUGACCAUUGACGAGAUGGAGAGCGCCGCCAGCAAUCUGCUGAACGGCAGCAUGGGUAACGGCGACGUGGCGGGGACGGAAAGCGUCAGCUCAGACUCGCGACUCGCCGACGCGCACCAGAGGGACGACAGCGAUGAGGAGCAGUACGUGGCUGUGAAGUGUGAGGAGGACCUAACGGACGAGAUGAUAUGCAUCACUUCUCUAUAGCAGCGACUCAGAGCGGACUCUGUCUGGUUUCAUUUAACAUACGGGAAUGUCUCAGCAGGCCCCGCGGAGAACAGAAAAUUAGAAACGGGAUAAACGUGAGAGCAAAGUGCCUUGUUUUCUUUUUCUGCUUAGUAGAUUGCAGAUAAAACGGACACAUGGUCAUAGAGAAACAAACACAAAAAACCUGCUGUAAUUGAAAUCAGGAGACAUAAAUCUACACACCAGCUUCCCGGUGGGCAAGCCAGUCGUUGAAACUUGUUUUCUAUUUUCCUAAUUGACAUCAGAUGGAUAAAAAUUCUAAACUUUUGGUUUUAGAUUCUGAGGAUGAUAUAACUCGGCUAUUGUGAGUAUUAUACAAGGCCGUAAAUCUCAUUGUUUACUUCAUAAAGAGCCAACACAAUAAAAACAAAUGUGCCACCACUCACCACCUGCACACACAAGCAGAAAAAUUAAAUAGACUUCUAUUGUUGUGUAAAUAGCUUUAGAUGGCAAAGCAUUUCUAAAUCUUACUGCCUGGUUCGCAGUUUAGAUGUCAAAAGCUAAUUGGGCCUUUGGUUUUCCAAGGAUUCCUGCAAUUAGUUGCGUUUUAUGUGUAUAAAAUGUGUGAUUUUACACCUUAUUGGUCAGGAUUGAUGAAAACAUAUAUUUUUGUUUGCUUAUCUGAAUAAGAUGGAAACAAAGCAGGAGCAGCUCAGAUAGCAAAAGCAGCCACACCUCUUUCACCUUUUCCACAUUUAGUCUCAUUGGAACCACAAACCUCAGUGUAGUUUACUGUGAUCUCAUUUGAUAGACCAACAAAACCAUGCAUAUUUAAGAACAGGAAGGACUAAAAUAAAGGCCAUAUUUAUGUGCUUCAAUGACGUAAGGCAGUAGAAACCGCAGGAUGGAGAAAGAAUCGUAAGGAGGAUAUGAAUGUGAAACUGUCUCGAUAUUUGCACAACUGAAAGUCAUGACUGGGAAAAAAAAGUCGGAGUGUUGGCACAAAUUUCCCUCUGUCUAUUUUGGCAUCAAAUUAAUGAUGUCAUAAUAAUACAGUUAAACCCACUAAAUAAGUAUUGUCUUAGGUCAAAGCAUAUUUAUGUGCUUCAAUGACAUAGAUACCCAUGUUCAGAGUUUCUCUCUAUCCAAUUUUAAUGAGCUUGAGGAAUAUAAGAAUUUAUCUUGCAGGUAAAAAUAAAAGGCGUCUUUUAGUUUCCAUAAAAACUGCUGCAGCUUGCUCAACAGAAGCGAGCCGCAGCAGCAUUUACAGCAGAAACAGAUUCUCCAGAAUGUUGGCUUCUCAGUUUUCAUUCAUUAUUAUGCGUUACUUUACAUAAUAUCCCUGUAAAACCUGUCAAAGCUUGUGGUUGUAAGGUGACAAAUUGUGAAAAGGUUCAAGAGGCAUCUAUGCUUUUGCAAAGGACUCUAUAUUCAAAUCAAGCUGCUGAGGGUUAAAAGUUCAGGGUUAACCAUUGCUCUCGUUUUUUUUUUAUUUGAAGAGGAAAUUACAUAUCAAUAAUUCAAGACUUUGUCCUCAGGCAUAUCCUUCUACUCUAUGUGCUUUCUCCUGCAUCCUAAAAUAUGCAAUUUGUCACUUUCCCAGAAAUCAUCCCAAAAGGAUGGAGUUGAGUUUAUUAUGAGAAAAGGCUUAAAUGUAAACCAUUGUAACAGAUCUUGAGGUGUGCGACGCUUUUACUCUCACCCAUUUUUAACCCGAAACCAUUCAGGAUCGCCUCCACAGCUGCAAGAGUUUUACUUCAACGCUGUUUCACAACUGUCAGCAGUCAGAUUGUUGACCAGCUGUGAAAUCGGGUGGAAUAGCACUCACAUGUGAUGGACACAUAUAACAAGCCUCCAUGUUGAACAUUUUCUGGGGGUGAGCUCAUCCAUCUAUCUCAGCCCUGCAUGUUUCUGUGAAGCUUUUUCCUAAAGGCAGUUUCACAACAAUUACAUCUGUGGAGAGAGAAGAGAACCACACAGAUCCAGCAGGAUGUGAGGCUCGGCUUUAUUUGCUCCAGCUUUGGCCUGCAUGUUCCGCGACGCACUGCCAAACUAUGACAGCUUCAGGUCGACUUGCAGAUAUCGGCUCUGGGCUGUGGAAAGGCAAUGUGUGAAAUCAAAGGGCUUCUUUACUGAUACGACCAAAACAAAGGGAUUGCUGUGCACAGCUACACACACUUCACCACAGUAGACACACAUACAUAAACAAUAGGGACUUUGGUAUUUCAUAACCACAUUAAAAUUUAAACUAAUUAUAAAACUAUUUGUCUGGAUUUGGAUAUGAUUUUUUUGCCCCCCUAAGAUUGGAUAGUAGUUAUGGGGGAAAACAACACAGAAACAUAUUUAGUGACCUGACCUGGUCCACAUGUUUCAGUUAAAAAACGUGCUUUCAAAAAAAAAAAAAAAAAACACACACACAUGAAAGUGUCUCAGUAAAACUUAAUAUGUGACAAAAACUUUUACCACGCUGCAAAAGUCAGUGUGAAACAAAUAGGAUGAUGUGUAGCUGAAAUAACUUGUAUUUAUCUUCUUAAGCUGUUUUAUAGGCCUUUUGGCCACUCUCCAUUACAUGAUAAAUUAAGCCCAUCAAUAUUUGCAGAAAAAUUAAAUUAUGCAAUGACUUUUAUAAGGUCCUGAAAGCAUGCCAAUCAACUUGAGGUCCGGACUUUGACUAAUCCAUUUAUACUCAUUGAUUUAUUGGAAUCAUCCUCCUGAUUGCCUUCCUUUGUUUUAAUGGUGUUAAGAUAUUCAAUUGUAUUCGGAAUGAUCCAAGAUUUAGCAGCGACUUAAGUAUCCAAGUACCGAGGCAACAAAAAUCAUUACAUCACGAUGCUCAAUAGUGGGAAUGUUUUAAUGUUACCAUUGAAUAUUAAAACAUUUUUCUACAAAAAGUCCUUUCUAAAGCGAACAUUACUUACCUAAGAUACAAUAUUGAGUUUUUUUAAGUACAAAAAUAAUCCCUUGUUGAAUCAAUGGGCAGACUACGAAUUAUUCAUGAGGACUGACUGAUGUCUUUCAUUUUUUAGGAUUACGUUAACACAUUCUUGAGCAGCACAGGAAAGCAAACUGUUUGGAAAAACAAAUAUUGUGUCAUGGUUUAUCUGAGGUUUGGACAGACGCAAUAAGAGUUUAGAGACCGUGAGUCAGAGUUUGUGUUGAACCAACAGAAAAAUAAUCCUGAUAUUUGAAAGCUUAGAUUUCUAGCGAAACUGAAAAUUUUCAAGUACUAAGAUUUAAUCAAGGGUGAAAGGAAAACAUUUACUUCAUUAAUUCUCUUUACAAACCUGUCCAACAGUAGUGAGGUGUCUUGGAUUACCAGCCAACAGGACGUCAGCAGCUGUUUUGUACCAAACAUCUUCCUUAUUCAGUUUUUUAUCAAUUGCUGCUUCUAGAAAUAACUUUAUAAUAAAAUCAAAAUAUCAGCCAAUGCUGCAUGAUGCUGCCACAGUCCAACUGUCAAAUGUCAUCCACUUACAGAAGAACACAAUUUAUAGUACAAGUAUUUGAAGAAAAAAAAAAAUCAACAAUUUCGUUUUAUCAGGAGAUAAAGUGACAAAGAACACAAGGCUUGGUUGUGCAACUCAGCUUUAUUUUUUCUACUUUGCCACUGCUUUACAGAGGUCUGUAAAAGGUUGUAAAAAAACAGUUUGUAUAGUGUUUGUAAGAACUAACUUGAAGAUUUCUGCUUUCUACCUAUUUGUGUAUAAAACACUUUAAAAGUUGUCUUUAUCUACUUUGUAGCAGAAUAAUUAGUACCUUCUAGAUUUUGUACCAACAGAAGCAACAUCCUUGUUUUGUACAUUUGAUUUUUUUGCCUGAAAUGAUGAUGCACCUGCUGAUUUUUGUAAUAAUUGCUAAAUAAAGAGGACAAGGUCA